AUGGAGGAUGAGAUUCAAGCAUGCAAGUUUCCGAGACUCGGAAAUGUUGUAAACAACUUAAACAAUUCUAGCAACAAGAAUUUAGGUUCUGGUAGAAGGAAGAAUGUUGGAGGAGUUACUAGGAGUGAUUUUCAGAGAAGCUGGCAGGAGCGGCAGCAGGAGGAAGAAAACUCUUCGAGAAUCGUUAGAGUGUCGAGAGGUUCGGGUGGAAAAGAUAGACACAACAAAGUGAUGACUUCGAAGGGUUUACGAGAUAGAAGAGUUAGGCUCUUGGUUACCAUGGCUAUUCAGUUUUAUGAUGUGCAAGAUAGACUUGGUUAUGAUCAACCGAGUAAAGCGGUUGAUUGGUUAAUCAAGGCUGCUUCGGAUUCUAUCUCGGAGUUGCCUUCUCUCAACAACGUGCUCGCUCAAAUUGAAGCGAAGAGUGAUGAGAAGAGGCAACAAGAGUUUGAGUUUGAUGAUGAAAGACUGAAGAAGAAUCUUUGUUUGUCUAAGUCUGCUUGUAGCAGCACUUAUGAGACAAGUAAAGAAAAUGAGUCUUAUUCCACCAAAUCCAAAGCCUACCAUUAUCAUGGUUUUGGUAAUUAUCUAUAG